GCCGCCCCUGUCGCCGCUGGGCGCCCGAGCAGGCCCGCGUAGGCCCAGGACGUAAGAUCCUGGAGGAGUGACACUGCUGACCCUGGGCAUCCUCUUCUAAAGAGCCAUGGCGACCCCGGAUGUGAGCGUCCACAUGGAGGAGGUGGUGGUUGUGACAACUCCAGACACUGCAGUUGAUGGUAGUGGUGUAGAGGAGGUGAAGACAGUACUGGUAACAACAAAUCUGGCCCCUCAUGGGGGUGACUUGGCAGAAGAUAGCAUGGAGACAGAAAAUGCAGCUGCUGCAGCAGCCGCAGCUUUCACAGCCUCUUCACAGCUCAAGGAGGCCGUGUUAGUGAAGAUGGCUGAAGAGGGGGAAAACUUGGAGGCUGAAAUUGUGUAUCCCAUCACCUGUGGUGACAGCAGAGCUAACCUGAUAUGGAGGAAGUUUGUGUGUCCUGGCAUCAAUGUGAAAUGUGUUCAGUAUGAUGAACAUGUGAUCAGCCCGAAGGAGUUUGUGCACCUAGCAGGGAAGUCCACCUUGAAAGACUGGAAGAGAGCUAUCCGGAUGAACGGCAUCAUGCUCAGGAAGAUCAUGGAUUCUGGGGAGUUGGACUUCUACCAGCAUGACAAGGUCUGCUCCAACACUUGCCGCAGCACAAAGAUUGACCUCUCUGGGGCCCGUGUAUCCCUGAGCAGCCCCACAUCCACAGAGUACAUCCCGCUUACACCAGCUGCAGCUGAUGUGAAUGGCUCCCCCGCCACUAUCACCAUAGAGACCUGUGAGGAUCCUGGUGACUGGACGACAGCCAUUGGAGAUGAUACAUUUGCCUUCUGGCGGGGACUGAAGGAUGCUGGCUUGCUGGAUGAGGUCAUACAGGAGUUUCAGCAGGAGCUGGAAGAGACCAUGAAAGGCCUGCAGCAGCGAGUACAAGACCCACCUCUGCAGCUCCGAGAUGCUGUUCUCCUCAACAACAUUGUGCAGAACUUCGGCAUGCUGGACCUGGUGAAGAAGGUGCUGGCCAGCCAUAAGUGUCAGAUGGACCGUUCUCGGGAACAGUAUGCCCGGGACCUUGCAGCCCUGGAGCAGCAGUGUGAUGAACAUCGCCGCCGUGCCAAGGAGCUGAAGCACAAGUCCCAGCACCUCAGCAAUGUGCUUAUGACGCUGACCCCAGUCUCCUUACCAUCCCCCAUGAAGCGGCCCCGGCUGGCACGGGCCACAUCUGGACCAGCUGCCAUGGCCUCACAGGUGCUUACACAGUCUGCACAGAUUGCCCUUGGCCCAGGUGUGCCCAUGUCCCAACUGACCAGUGUGCCACUUGGCAAAGUGGUGUCCACACUUCCUUCUACUGUCCUGGGCAAGGGCUCCCCUCAGGCUGCUCCAUCUAGCUCACCAGCCUCUCCAUUGCUUGGGGGCUACACAGUCCUGGCCUCUUCUGGCUCUACCUUCCCCAGCACAGUGGAGAUCCACCCGGACACAUCCAGCCUCACAGUCCUGAGCACAGCUGCCAUGCAGGAUGGCAGCACAGUGCUGAAGGUGGUCAGCCCCCUGCAGUUGCUCACUCUGCCCGGCUUGGGCUCCACCCUGCAGAAUGUGGCCCAGGCAUCACCUACAGGCAGCACCAUUGUGACAGUGCCCACAGCGGCUGCCUCUGGGCCUGAGGAACACACGGCAACUAUUGAAGUGGCUGCUGUGGCAGAGGACCAUGAGCAGAAGUAGCUGGCAGGGAGGGCAGAGUCCCUCUGGGAUGGGCUGGCUGCCUCUCCUCAGGCCACUGCAGGUGGAGGCUGCUACAGACACAGGCCACAGGGCUGGCUCAGUAUAGGAAAGUCUUGCAGGCUGAACCAAAGAGAGGAAUAGCCGAAUAAGUCAAGAGAAGAACAAAAGGGACAGAACGGUGCCAGCAACCUGGAAAAUCGGUCUUCAAGUUCUAAACUUCCUCCCUUUUUUUCUUGGGAAAUAUACUUUCCAUCCGUUGCUUAUUAAUCCUGUUUACACAUUGGGCCUUGAGCAGAAGCCAGGGGGACAAGGACCAGGAGGAGCCUGGGUGCUUCCAGUACAGCAACAGAGCCAGGGGUGGCAGGUACUGCUGGCACCAGAGCCCAGCUAAGUUACAGGUCCUGGUGCUUGCACCCCAUGGGGUUGAGCCUAUUGGGGCAUUAUUGACACAUGUCUUGGGCAGUGUGCCCAAGUGUGGAAGUCAUGGAUCCUAUGGAUUUGGUCUCUUCCCACAGUUCUCUGUAGGUUCCGUGUGGCUAGUGCCCAUGUUCCUCCAGUGUAGGAACAUGUUUGGGGGCUGAGUGCAGACCCUGAGUAGGACCCUUCCCUGUUCUGCAGGCAUUCAGGUGGCUGAAGCAGCUCAUGGACUGGGCCUUUUGCACAUGGGCUGCAGGUGUUUUUAAGUGAAUUGCUUAGUAGGCUUCUAGGAAGAAUCAAACUUAUACCAUUUUUUUCCAACCAAAACAAUGCUGAGUGCCUAGGCUUCCUGCAUCAAUUUUGGGUGGGGGGGAGGUACUCAAGGCACCUGUACACUCAUCAAGCCAGGUGCAGAAGAAGGCCCUGGGAAGCCCUUUCCUGAGAUGAAGCUCUGGGGGAUUUGUGUGGGGAUUUGCCUUCAGACUUGGAAUGGCUUUGAGGCCUCCCUAUGUACAACCUGCUGUUAUAGCCCCCAUGACAGCACUCACGCUACUAAUCCUCCCCUGGAGGGGGAGCCAUGUCCCCCUGGUCAAGAUUCAGUGUUCUCUGUCCUGAUAGCAUCCUAGGGUAUGUGGAAAAGCUGUCCAGAAUAGUUAAUCAGAGCCAGCUGGGGAGGUGGGAUCUUGUAUUCUCUGUGUAGAGCUGUCUGUAAGCAGUUUGCAUUUUGGGGGGUUUGGGCUCUUUAGAAUGAUCAUGCAGGGGCUGUCCUCCAGGCCCUUGGAGCCAGAAAAUUCAGGGAACUGGGAGCUCUGGCUUCUUGCAAGGAUAUAUCUUGCAUGGUACUAAGGGGCUAGCUACUCUAGAACCUUCUGCCAGUUCCGUUGGCUUUUCUCUUAAGGGCCCCACAGCAGGAGAGGGCCACUAUCCCAUUUCAUAGCUUUGAAGGGAACUGGCCAUCUUAAUGUCCAUCCAUCCAUCCAUGCCCCUUGAGUGCCCAGACCCCACUCUGCACCUUGCUAUGACUGAGGCUCUGCCUGCCUCUUCCCUUCACCCAUGUCAAGCUACUGAGGUUCCAGCUCUUGCUUUCCUUCUGUUACAUCAUUGUUUGCUGUGGUCAUGAAUCAGCUGCUUUCAGCAGAUGUUUACCUGUUUAUAAUUCCUUGAGUUGGGGUCUAUUACAUGGCAGUGUGACCCUGGGGAUGCUGGGAGGACCAGCAGUGUGGGUACUACCCAGCAGCCUUGCAGUCCCCACCCCAUUAACUCACUAGACUAGAGACAGUGUCACAAAUUAAACCUUCCUGCCAGAGGUACCAGGGACCUUCCAGAACCUUUUCUUGGCUUGAGUCCUGGGUGUUCUCUGCCUGCAAGAUAUAGGCCAGUUGCCUUUCUUCACAAGGGCAAGGUUGGGACUUUUUCAUCCCUUGCCCCUUAGUGCUUGGAGCUACUGGACAGUGGAGUUCAUUUCAGAGCCAUACAAAAAUAAGCCCAGUCCAGCUUCAGAAUUAAUUUACUUCUCUCAUUUCCAGUGCCCACCAGAGGUGCAGCCCAGCCUUCAAGGCCAUUUCUGACAGGGCAGGGAGGAGGCUUCCUGGGCAUAGAAGGCCCUACAACCCCACCUGCAAGGGAGCAAUGGUGCUGGGGGAGGAAGUGUGGCCAGUGCCUCACUACUUGUUCUCACUUCCUCUGGAUCCUGCCAGCCCCUCAGUUGCCAGUCUUCCCAUGUCCCUCAGUCCUACUUGCUAAGCUGACCAAGACCUAGAAAGGAAGAUCCUCCCCUUCACAUGCAAACACGGGUGUUCAUGGCUGCCUUUGGUUUGGUUUUAUGAGAAAAUAGGACUGGAUUCGAGUUUUGCAGAGGGUUUGAGCUCCUCUGCAUGCCUGCCCAGAGGCAUCCAGGGGAAGGGCAGUUUGAGUUCCACUUUGUAUAUUAUUUAGUAAGUAUCUGCUUGGUACUUGGAUUUAAAAUAAAAAUAUUUUCUUUUGUAAUUUGUGUGUGUGUGUCUCUUGUAAUAAAAGGUUCUGGAAGAAGCCAAAUUGAGCUUAUAGAAAUGUGCCCUCUGUGCCUGUGUUCUUUGGACACACCUGCCCACUGAGCCCAAGUAUAGUCUGGGGUCAAGAAUCCUUCCCAGUAUCCCAAGGUCAGGUGGCUUUCAUAACCAUUUGUUUUUUUUCAUGUUCAGCCCAGCACUCAGGGCCCUGAUGAGGAUCCUGGCUAUUUCCCUCUUGUGUCUGCUUCCUCAGACUGGGUGUUAGAAUCAAAAUGACUCCAUCUUUGGAGUCUGAUUACCUUUUUGUUAUUGCUGUUUCAUUAACUCUCUGUUUCCAUAGAGUGACCCAACCACUCCCCAAUUAUCACUUUCCUGGAAUGACCUAGUCUACCUGAAGUGGCCCAACCCCUGAGGCAAGGAGGACCACCCAGCAACCAAAAAUUCCAAUGACUGUCACUGCCCCAUAAGUAUCCCCUCAUCUGUAAGGAAAGGGGUUUCUGACCUGCCUGUCAGAGCCCUGCUUAAGUUUUCCUGAAUAAAGCCUGUCUGCUGUUGAGCCAA